GGCACACUGAAUGACAUUAAUUCCUUUUAAAACUCAUAGGUUUACUCAGUGUCUAUUAUCCAUAAUGUUGGGUGUAUACAGUUUUUUAUUUCAUACUAUUUACUAAUGAUAUUUUGACAUAUUUUAUCUUUUAAUUCACUAUAGAUCUCUGUAGAAAUGAUUGAAACACUACUUCCAUUUACUCCAGUAUUUUCAAAAAGAAUUUUUAAUUUGUUAGAUGGUAGUAGUGGUGUUCAUCUAUAUAAAAUUUCUAAUUUACCUGCUAGUUCUCGAUUUCGGAUUAUUGUAGAUGCGAUUGGAACUAACACACAAAUUUUGUUGGAAAAUACACAAUUAAUGCAAGAAAUACAGAAAAUUAUUGUAGUUCUGGAGUAUCAAAAGAAACUUGUAAUGACUUCAUUUUAAAGAGUUGCAUUUUACUAGGACUUUCACAUAAUCAACCUAAUAUUUAUGUAUUCCUGAGACUCAUUUGAUGUUAUUGAUUUGAAAAAAAAGUCAUCUAAGUAACGUCAAUGGGUUCAAAAUGUACUUGGUGAGAUUUUUAUCUUUGACGGAGUAGAGUACUGUGUAUUCUGUCACAAUCUCUCAUUACCAAGGAUAUGAAAAUCUUGGCUAAUAAGUUUAAGGUAGAGUUCUCAAUUAAUUUCGUUCUACAUACACUUAUUGUUAUAUCCGGUGAAGAUUAAAUUACAGGUAACUUCCGAGGACUAUUCAUGGACUAAUAUUCUAUGAAUAUUCUUAUUGUAUAACUAUUCAACAAUUACAUUAUGUAUAUUUAUAUUCCUUUUAUGAUAAGCUUUAUUUUGACCUAUAAUUUAUUAUUGUACGAUUUACGCUUCUUAAAUUAUGUUCAGUUUAUUAACUAAUGCCUCCCACAUUCACAGCCACUUUUUGGGCUUAUUUGUGUACAAAUAUUAUUUCCUAUUUUAUGGUACGUUGCGGUCUGUAUGAUUGAUAUAUAAACCAAGUAUGCCUGAAAUAAACGAUCUGCUCUGAUUCGGAAGCUGGUAUUGUGUUCUGGACUCAAGUGGAAGGGCUCGUAGGACAUAGGACCAAUAAGGACGCUAAACUGCCCACACCGGUUGAACGUCAUUGGUUGGCCUAGUGUGAAGAUUCGUAUAAGUCGUAUUCGGAUUGGUAGAUAAGUCGUGUGAUCGAAAAGUCAGACAUCCAAGGUCAUAACAAUUGGCGACGGGGUGGAGAAAAGUUUUGAACCCUCAACUUCAAGGUCAUAACAAUUGGCGACGGGGAAUUUGGCAACAAAGAAAUAAUAAUAAUACAAGUGGUGACUCAGAUUUUGGAAAUAAAUUAGCUGUAAUAAGUUGCCGGUGAUUUUUGGAUUAAUAUUAUUAUUAGCAGUAAAAUUUUUAUUUUAAAAAAAAAAAUGUCAGAUUCUUCAGAACAAUUGCAGUUAUUAUUACAGCAGCAGCAUCAAAUGUUAGCUUCGCAACAACAACUAUUGGAGGCACUUUUGGGUAAACUAUCUAUUCAACAAGGUAAUCCGGAUUAUAGAAGUAUAGAAUCAUAUCUCAAUCCAAUUCCAGAAUUUAUAUUUGAUGCAGACAGCGGUCACACUUUUGAAGCAUGGUUCGGCAGAGUAGAAGAUAUUUUUCGAGUAGAAUUUGCUACUAUGGAUGAUGCAAAGAAAGUCCGGCUGCUAUUACAGAAACUUGGUCCUAAUGAGCAUCAAAAGUAUAAAAACCAUAUUCUGCCUAAACAUCCGCGAGAAGUUAAUUUCGAUGAAACUGUUAACAUCCUAAAUAAAACGUUUUGUGAACAGGCGUCUUUAUUCCGUAUCCGGUAUAACUGUCUACAGCUGACUAAAGAGGCUGAUGAAGAUUAUAAUACGUACGCCGGAAGAGUAAAUUUACAAGCAGAACGAUUUAAAUUAAAUGUAUUAACCAGUGAUCAAUUUAAAUGCUUAUUAUUCAUUUCUGGUCUGAACUCUCCUGUUGAUGCUGACUUUCGCAUGAAGUUGUUAUCCCGUAUGGAACAUGAUGAUGAAAUGACGUUACAAACUAUCACCACUGAAUGUCAACGAUUAAUAAACCUAAAACAAGAUACAGCUAUGCUGGAAACCAAAAGUGUUGUGCCCUCAAAUUCUGUUCAUGCUGUCAAGACAGGUCAAAGACAAAAUAGUACCAAAAGUCAUAAAUAUCACUCAAAAGCUCCUAAACCUGCAACUAAAUGUUGGUAUUGUGGUGCAUGGCAUUUCUCAAGAUUUUGCCGGUUUAGAAAUCAUAGAUGCACUAUAUGCAAUAAAGUUGGCCACAAAGAAUUAGUCUGCCGAACUAGAGAAAGUUUAAGACCAAAACGAACCAGACGUCCGCACCAGUACGAAAAUAAGUAUAUAAACAGCGUAUAUUCUACACGGGCUCUAAGCGUAGCGAAUAAAAGAAGAUAUGUGGAAUUAAUUGUUAAUGGUGUUUAUAUUCGAUUGCAAUUGGACACAGCGUCAGAUAUCACACUAAUCUCGAGACGAACUUGGUAUUUAAUUGGGUGUCCGAAAGUAUUACCAACAGAGCACACUGCACGGAAUGCGUCCGGAGAUAUAUUGAAACUUGUGGGAAUGAUAAAAUGCUCUGUUAAAUUCCGAGGUAAUUACUUUACAGGAAAUUGCUACUUAACGAACAGACAUGAGUUAGACCUUAUUGGUAUAGACUGGAUAGAUAAACUAAAUUUAUGGGAUGUACCAUUAAAUGAAAUAUGCACAAUGAAAGGCGCAAAUAAUCCUAGAGAUCCACCCGCAGUUCAUGUAACCAAGAAAGUCGUAACGAUAGAAGAUCUUUUGCAGAAACAUAAAAACUUGUUCCAGAAUAAAUUGGGAUGCUGCACAAUUGAGAAGGCAAAAUUAUACCUACGACAGGAUGUAAAACCUGUUUUCCGUCCAAAGCGUCAAGUUCCAUAUGCAGCUAUUGACAAAGUCGACAAAGAAUUAGACCGACUAGAGGAACUCGGUGUUAUACAACCUGUUAAUUAUUCGGCAUGGGCAGCACCAAUUGUAGUAGUUCAGAAAGCGAGCGGAGCUAUUCGCCUGUGUGCAGACUUUUCAACAGGAUUAAAUGACGCUUUACAAAAUCAUUCAUAUCCAUUACCUUUGCCAGAAGGAAAACGUAAUAUUGGUAACGUGUCCAGCUCAGAGCAAGAAAAUAUUGUGCUAAAUGCACAUGAAGUUGUGACAAUACCAGAUGAUCAGGAGCCAGAUCCUGUAGAUGAUGCUCAGAGUCCAGAAUCAAAUGAAACACUACUGGUACUGUCUAGCUGCGAAAAUAAACGUCAGCUCGAACAAAAUUGUGGUCCACGUGCUAUUAGUCGAGAAAGCUAUGGUGACUCGUAUUCAGAAAAUAACUGGAGCAACACGAUGAACCAAAUUGUACCAGAUGUUACUCAAAAUCACCGGAAGACAGAAUUUUAUAUUGAGUCAACUUAUCCCAUUUCUAAUGACAGUGUGCCAGACAUUGAUUCUCAGAAUAAUGCAUAUGAUUUUGAUGAAACUUCUUAUAACAAUGAGGGAAAUAUGUCAGCUGAGUCGAAUGAUGGCCAAAAAUCUAAUUUAAUUCUGUUAGACGUUGACUUUCUUAAUGACUCGUUAUCUGCUAAUGAGAUUCAUAAUGAACUUGAAAAUAAUGACCUCAAAUCAAAAGUCGUUCAUUAUCGUCUAGUCACUUUUAGUGGAUUCUCCAGUCAAUACGAGAAACAUGGUUUAAACAAAGUCCUAUUAGUUGUAAUUUGGAGACAUAAGGACCCAACAUUAUUUCGCGGAGGAGGAAAAUUGAAAGUUACACAUAAUUUUUCUUAAAAAUCAGAAUCUAAACUUGGAAUCUUAAAAAAAAAAAAGGGAGGUGUUAUAUCCGGUGAAGAUUAAAUUACAGGUAACUUCCGAGGACUAUUCAUGGACUAAUAUUCUAUGAAUAUUCUUAUUGUAUAACUAUUCAACAAUUACAUUAUGUAUAUUUAUAUUCCUUUUAUGAUAAGCUUUAUUUUGACCUAUAAUUUAUUAUUGUACGAUUUACGCUUCUUAAAUUAUGUUCAGUUUAUUAACUAAUGCCUCCCACAUUCACAGCCACUUUUUGGGCUUAUUUGUGUACAAAUAUUAUUUCCUAUUUUAUGGUACGUUGCGGUCUGUAUGAUUGAUAUAUAAACCAAGUAUGCCUGAAAUAAACGAUCUGCUCUGAUUCGGAAGCUGGUAUUGUGUUCUGGACUCAAGUGGAAGGGCUCGUAGGACAUAGGACCAAUAAGGACGCUAAACUGCCCACACCGGUUGAACGUCAUUGGUUGGCCUAGUGUGAAGAUUCGUAUAAGUCGUAUUCGGAUUGGUAGAUAAGUCGUGUGAUCGAAAAGUCAGACAUCCAAGGUCAUAACAAUUGGCGACGGGGUGGAGAAAAGUUUUGAACCCUCAACUUCAAGGUCAUAACACUUAUCUUAUAUGGAAAAUACAUCAAUUGGAUCUUCGUUUUUGAAUGUAUGGACAAGUCCUGCUCCAUUUCAAAAUUCAAGAAAUUUUACCUUUAAUCCAAUUGUUCCAGUAUUCAAUGGUUCAUUAUUAGUGAAUGUAAAAUUUCCAAACUUCAGUGGUUAUGAAGGUGGUCCAUUGAAUGGUUUCUAUAUUGUUGUUGAGAAAAGUUCAAAUGCUAAUCGUAAACGACGUUCAGUUUUGAAUCAAACACAACUUGGUUUAUCAAAUGAUGUUAAUAUUGUUUAUUAUUCCGAUGUUAGUAAUCCAUCAGAGGUUAUUAUCAUAGGAUCUGGUCAAGUAUUUGAUUCUUCAAAUUUGUCGAGUGGUAAAAUUGGUUAUUCAAAUCCACUAUUGGAACCAAAUCGUACUUAUACAAUUUAUGCAAUCAUUCAAAGUGAAGUAGACGGAUCAAGCGAAAUCACACGUUCACCUCCAGUAGUAUUUUUAACCGGUAAUAAUAGUAGUAAUAUUAGUGGGAGUUCGAUUAUUCCAACAUCUACUUCGAUGAAAAACAAUCAAACUGAUUCUAAUAAUACACUUGCUGUCGUUUUAGGGAUUCUAUUAGCUCUUGUUCUCUUAGCUUUGAUUGGAUUAAUCAUUUAUUAUAUUUGCCGAAAAAAAUGUCAGUCUGGUCAAUAUGUAUUCCGAAAUUAUUCAAAAGAUUUACAUGUAUCUUUUGAGAAAAAAUCUUAUUUAUUGCCUGAUUCUUAUGCUUGGUGGAGUGUACCACGAGAAUUAGGUGAAUCACGAUAUUUGAUCAUUGAUCCACAACAUGGACCUUCAAGUACAUUGAUUGGAACAUGGUCUUUGAAUGAAUUAUUAAAAACAUUUUCACGUGAAUAUUCAAGUAUCCCAUUAGGUGUGAAAUUUUCUCAAUCCAUUGGUAAUUUAAAAAUGAAUCUAUCAAAAAAUCAUAGUCAUACAAGUCUACCUUAUGAUCAUAAUCGUGUUAAAUUGAACCGGUUAAAUGAUUCCUCUCAAACUGAUUAUAUUAAUGCCAGUUUUAUUGAUGGUUAUAUGCGUAGACGUGCUUAUAUUGCUGCUCAAAGUCCAUUUGAUAUGCUUACUAUACAAGAUUUUUGGCUAAUGAUAUUUCAAUGUAAUAUUGCACAAAUUGUAAUGCUUACUAAUUCCAUUGAAGAUUCAACACUUAAAUGUUGUCAAUAUUGGCCUGAAAUGCCAACACGAUCUAACACUAAUCAACCGGAUUCAAAGUCUACAAUUCAAUAUUUUGGUAAUAUCAUGGUAGAAAUAAUUAAUCAAAUUGAUUAUCCUCAUUUUACUGUAAGAUACUUUAUUGUAACUGAAUUAUCAUCGAAUAUAAGUCAACAAGUUAUACAGUAUCAAUUUUAUAGUUGGAUAACACCUGAUCAUAAUAAUAUACCAUCAUAUUUUACAAAUGUUGAUAAUACAGUUGAAAAUGAUCGUAAAAUUAAUUUAUUAUCUAAUAGUAAUUCAUUGAAAAAUUCACAAGAUUUAUUCUGUUAUACAUCGACUUCUGGAACAAGAUUUAAUCGAUUAAAUUUUAUAGAAUUUUACUAUCGUGUUAAAACUUCUAGUCGUCCAGAAGAUGGUCCACUACUUGUUCAUUGUUCUACAGGUUUAUCUCGUACAGGAUUGUAUAUAGCAUUUGAUUUAUUACUACAACAGGUUACACAUGAACGUGUUGUCAAUGUGGCAAAAUUUUGUUCAUCAUUAUGUAAAGCUCGUUCAAAUAUAAUUCAUUCAAUGAGACAAUUCACAUUAUUAUAUGAUUUAUUAUUUGAAGUUAUAUUAGGUGGUCAUUGUAUUGUUGACUUGGAUGUGCAUAGUACUUAUAAAAUGUUAUGUCAUAAGAAUACAAAACUUAAUCGAUCUUAUUUAUGGGAACAAUGGUCUGUGUUACAUUUAUACACACCAUUAUUUGAUACAAAUAAGGAGUUACAAGUUGCUUUGAACUCUUUAAACUUAUACAAGAACCGUUAUCCUAAAAUUAUUGAUCUACUUCCAUCUGAACGUUGGCGUGUUCGACUACAUCGUACAACAACAAAUAAUAAUAAUAAUAACAAUAAUAAUGCGCAAACUUCAAAUUACAUUAAUGCUGUCUAUUUAGAUGGUGCAACUCUACAAGAUGAUAUUAUUUUAACACAAACUCCUUUAAAAAAUACAGUAGAUGAGUUUUGGUUUAUGGUUGAAGAAGAACAAGUUUCAUGUAUUAUUGAUAUGCAACCAUUUUCUUAUGGUGUUGAAGAAGCUGUUCGAUACUGGCCCUUACGUCCUGGUGAAAAUAUCUCAUAUCCCAUGUUUGAUGGCUCAUCCAAUGAAGAACAAAAUAUGACUGACAUUCAGUCAGAUUUUAGUGAAACAUCAUUUCAACGUGGACCAUGGUUAGAUUUUGCUGGUGGACAAAUACAAAUCUGUCAACUUGGUUCAUUAAUUCCUGUCCGCAUAAAUCCAGUUUCCCCGAGAAGAAAUUCUAAUCAUGAAAUUUAUAAAAGACGUUUGCUCAUUCGUCAACGCGAACCUACCCAUUUAAAACAAUACAGCUAUCAACAGUUUAGCAAUGAAAAAUCUAAACCCCGUGAAGUUUUAGUCUUUCAUUUUACCGGUGGUUGGAAUACUAAAAUGGAUGUACCUGAAUCACGUAUAGCAAUUGUUCGUUUAUUAGAAAAGGUACGCUUAGAACGUGGUACAGGUCCAUUGAUUAUUCAUUGUUUAAAUGGAGCUACUCGAAGUGGUCUAUUAGCUGUAUGUUACUUAUUGGCGGAAAAUAUGACAAGAGAUCAUUAUGUUGAUUUAUUUCAUGUUAUAAAAAUGAUUAAAAUACGUAGAAAAGCCAUAUUAGCAUCACCGGAUCAACUGCGUUUCGUGUAUCGUUUCUUAAUUCAAUGGAUUAAAUAUACAUUAGCUGAGCCAUUGGCUAAUUGGACAGUAAGACGAUCUGCAUUGUCUAUGCCAUUCUCACUAUCAGAAGCAGUAUUAAAACAACAAUGGGAAUGGUCACAACAACUUGUUGGUCAUUUACCGUCAGAUUCACGUAUUGGUAUAUUCUCACAUAGUCAAUUGCCAAUAUUAGGAGCAAAUCAUUUAGGAAGUGCUACAUUGAAUAAUGAUCAAUCAUGUAGAAUGAGUAAUCGCAGUAAUGAAUCACAAUCUACACAUACUAACGAAGAUUAUGACACAACUGAAAUACCAAUACUGUCAACAUUGUAUCAUUAUUUCAAUGAUGAAAUUUUAGGUAAUCCAAAUUUAGAUUAUCAUUUACAAACUAAAUCAAUAAGGAACAGUUUUAAUAAUCCAUAUUGUUACUGAUUCAAGUUAGUUUAACUACAUGUCAUACCAAUACCGAUGUUUUAUAUCACUGAAAGCGAUAUUCUUAUCUUCCUUUAUCAUGUCAACAUACAUAUAUCUUAUGUUUUAUUACUGAAAUAAAACAGUUUUAUCAUUUUGCGAAUAGUAUUCUUUUGUUUGUUUAUUUUUUUUAAAAAAGGAAAAUAUAAAACCCAUUUUUUAUCAUAUUUAAUGUAUUUUAUUAAUACACAAGAACUCAACACUUUCUAUUCUAUCGUUUAAUUCUAUACGCUAUUUCUUCUUUUAUAUUCCCAUUUCAAGUGAUUAAAUUGUAUAAACCAAAAUAUAGUAUAUCACUAUAUUAUAUUGAAGAGUAAAGAAUAUGGAUAGAUAUAUAAUGGAUUAUAGAGUUUUUCCUCUUUAUUAAAAAGGUUAUAAAUGUUCCAUCAUUAUUUUAGUACCGUGUGUACAGCACUAUGACAAUUAAACAUCGAGUUCUUUAUUGUGUUUACAGUUUUUGAUUGGUUAUUUUCUCUUUCUUUUAAGAUCUUAUAUUACAGGUUUGUUUCAGUAAUAAGAAUAUUAUAAAUACAUAUGUUAACAUUAGUAUAUAAGUAGUGCAGGGUAUGAUAUUUUGUUAAUAAUGAAAUGCAAGUAUACAAGAUUGGAUGUUUUUUUUGUCUAGAUGAUAAAUAAAGAGAGAGAUAAGUAUUCAAUGUUCAUCUUAUUUAGAUGGUUUUAUUUUUUGAUUAUUUGUGAUUAAGGUCAGUUUUAUUACUUAUAAGUAUUAAGAUGUAGCUUAUAUUAUGACAAUCAGUGGUAUUUAUUUUUUAUGUAAUUCAUUUUGAUUACUUAUCUUUACACAUUCUAUGUUUUCGAUUUUUGUAUUGUUGUUAUUUUAAAAUGAAAUUUCCUCUCUUUCUUUUUGGUGAAUAUUCAAGUAUUUACAGUCUUACUGUAGGAAUCAUAAUAUCUUUAUUAUUGUAACAUGGUGUGUGCACGUACAUAAGUGUAAUGAUCUGAACUGAUUUCUUUGUCUGGAACAAGAAUUCUUAAAUAUUUAUGUAAUAUAAUAUUUCUCUUUUAGUGAGUAAUCGAAAGGUUCCCGGUUUGAUUGACCGCAAUUGUUACACAAUCAAUUUCUUUGUACUUUUUACUGUCAUUUUCUUUAAAGCUCACUCUUUAGUCUUUUUCGUUUACAAGACAGCAUUACAAUCCAGGUUUAUUAUGUACUGUUGGUUGGGUGUCCACUCUUGUUGAGUUCAUGACAUACCAUAGUCAUAUUGAUUUGGUGGGUAUUAUGAUUUUUUAUUUAUUGAAAAUAAAAUAAUUUUCGUAAUACUUAUUCAUUAUUCUCUUUAAUAAAAGCUUAACAUUUCAA